UGCGUGCGUGAAUACGUAUGCUACGUUUAUUUUGUUGUCCUGUGGAGUUGGUACAACCCACGCGGAUCGGUCGUUAUGGAGAGCAGCUCCCCAGGAGCGCUAGCCAGCCAGAGAGAGCAGGGACGAGCGAGGAGGAGGAGGACGGAUCAGUGAGAGCCGGAGCGCUCAGACAGAUAGGAACCAUGGAGAAACGAUUACCGAGGAGGAGUUUGCCGUCUAACGGACUGCGACUUUUAACAUCACUUCUCACCUUAUAUGGGCUUACAUCAGGUGUGACCAGUAACCAUGUGGUUGUUCCUGGGAAAGUGAAUGCGGUACUGGGGAAGAACAUCACACUGGGCUGCAGGAUAGAGGUGGGCUCCAACCUAAGUCUCACACAGAGCUCCUGGGAACGCCGUCUUCCUUCAGGCACUCUUACCGUGGCAGUGUUCAAUCCUCAGUAUGGAACCUCAUACUCUAAAGAAUAUGGCAAGCGGAUCUCAUUUGUUUCCCCUUCAAUACAAGAUGCUACCAUUACCCUUAAAGAAGUUGGCUUUGCAGAUAGCGGACUCUACACCUGUAAAGUGGCAACGUUUCCUCUGGGCAAUAAUGAAGCAUCAACCGUUGUCAGUGUAUUAGUGGAGCCAAAGGUGUACGUGUCCGCCGGCCCCACAGCUCUGCUGGAUGAUGGCAACGAGUCUGUGGUGGCCACCUGUAUAGCAGAGCGUGGCCGUCCCACCGCUGAGGUUUUCUGGGAAACAGAGCUGUAUGGGCGAAGUGAGAGGCAAAAUCGGGAUGAGCCCAAUGGCACCACCACUGUACAUGUGCACUACAUAUGGCAGCCGCAGAGCUACGCCCAGGGGAAGACACUCAUGUGCGUGGUGCGCCACCCAGCCCUCCAGACAGAGUUUCGCAUACCCUUCACACUCAAUGUUCAGUUUGCACCAAUGGUAUCCAUAAUUGGAGCUGACAAAAAUUGGUAUGUGGGUCAAGAAAAUGUGAAGUUGUUCUGUGGUGCCAAAGCCAAUCCACCUGUUCGUCAUUUCUCGUGGAUCAGGCUGGAUGGAUCGAUGCCUGAGAGUGUUGAGAUCUCAAACAGUAGCUUUGCUUUCACUCGUCCGCUGGAGCGCAGUGACUCUGGAGUGUAUCGCUGUGAAGUGAUGAAUGACAUUGGUGUCCGCAGUCAGGAUGUAAACCUCUGGGUACAAGAUCCUCCGCCUCACACAGCAGCCCCCAGCACCACUGCAUCACUCCUCCAAGACACCUUGAGAACCGGCACUGCGGUAGAUCAGCAAAGAGCCCUGUUCACCUCUCCGCCCCUGGCCUCCUUACCUGACAGCCUGGGUACUAUAAUUGGAGGGGCAGUGGGUGGAGUUCUGUUCCUGAUCCUCUUGCUGAUCUUAGGUGGGGCGUGUUUUAUGCGCCAGCGCAGAACCUUCAGAGGAGACUACUACACCAAACAGUACCUGGGACCAUCCGACAUGCAGAAGGAGUCUCAGCUGGAUGUGCUGCAGCCACAUGAGCUGCAGGAGGUCUAUGGGGACAAGACGAGCAAGGGCAGCCAGGAGGUGAAACCCAAACUGGGCGGAGACAUCAUUUACCCCGACUACACCCCUGAACAUAAGAAUAGGGAUGAUUGGCCUGAUAGGGGGGAAGCUCACAGGGGUGUCAAGGAGGGAAACUACUACCCUGAUCACUACAACAUCCAAAACAUGCACCCCUGUGCGCCCCCUGUGCACAGCCCAAUAGUGAACAAUGGCUCCCCCUACUUCCCGGAGGACUGCUUUGACAACGGUACAGACAGCGACUAUGUGUCCCACAUGGACGGAUCUGUGAUCUCACGCAGGGAGUGGUAUGUUUGAAGAAAGGAGUGAAAGAGAAAUGGACAAAUGACUGACUGAGAAUAAUUUAAUAAGUGACAGAUUUGUCAUUUCAGUUAAAGGAUGAAUACAAUUUCUCAGCUCAGUUUCACAGUGAGCUUUUUGAAUAAUACUGCUCUGCCUUGAUUGUAACCACUUAACCUUAAGGACAUGUUUGUGGAUUGUAUUACACUUUUGUAGCAUUUCAAGGAGCUAUAAAUAUGCCGGAGCGCCUCAGUGAUAUCUGUGUAAGCUUAAGAGACUUUGGCGUACAGUGAAGUUUCAGCUGAUGUGAAUGAGGUUUUGUAUUCUGCUUGUUUGUGUUUUCUCCUGUCUUUAACACAGGUUAGGCCUUCAGACCCUUGUUAGUGAAGUAUUUAUAUCCACGACUGACUGAGCUCUGCUCGCUUCUGUGGCAUUUUAAAAGUGGCCUCUUGAUUGCUUACAGCGGUGAAAUAUUUAUCAUGGCUGUGACCAGUAUUUAAAGCAAAUUAUAUUGCAUGAUUUUUUAGGAAACAAAAUGUGUCAUCAAUUUAAAGGGAAAAUCACAUGAUUAAAAGGGAGAAUUUUACAGGCACCAUCCUGAGGGAAAAGGAAGAUGACUGAUGUUACAGUAGUACAUCACAAUAAUAAACAAAAAACAAAAAACGUGAAAAAAAAAUUUGUGCCUCACAAACUUUUGGUCAAGUUCUUCAUUAGCUUUUUCAAACUUGGAGUAUAAUCCAAAGGCAUGCCAGCUGCCUGACACAGAGAGAGGUCACUCUUUGUUUCAGCUACAGUUCAUCUUAUUGUUUUACAGAUAAUCCUUAACAUUUCAGUUCUGGUUGAUUUGGUGACACCCAUGGUUACUGUAGUAACAGCAAGUGUGGUUUAAUACUGCAUCAGCCACUCCUUGAACAGCUACUUUGUCAGAAAUAGCAAAGGAGCACCAGCUGUAUCUGAUAAUAGUGCAGCCUAACAAAGUCACAUUUUGAUCAUUAAUUUAAUGAAAAAUAAUUGCAAACAUGAUCCGAUCACACACGCCACAUGGCCGGGUAGUUUUUAACACAACAACCACCUUGAUGAGGCCCGUUGUUGAUGAACGAUUACAAUCAGCACUAACCGUGGUGGUGUGUACUUUGUGUUUUCUUGUGACUUAAUACAGCUCUGGCACUGUAUGAAGAGAAUGAACUGUACACCAUGGCCGAUGAAAUUACGCUUGAUUACAUUCAUGUUUUUUGUUUUUUUUUUUUUUUAAACCUGUAAACAUUUCCCACUUUGGUGGACAAUCUGAAUCCAGUGCAGGAAAGGCAGACUCCGCCAGUAACAAUGGAAAAACUACUAUAGAGAGAUGAUUAUAGAAAAGUUAAAUUGCCGCAGCAAUAAAAGAAUUCCAAGCAUCAAAAAUGCUUUUUGAGUUGACAUACUAAGGAUUACAACUUUAACCCAAAUACACUGCUAUCAGUAUUGAGAUGUUAAUCCAGUCACAUUCUUACAAUGAAAAAAAGCACAAUUUUGUUAUUGCAGAUGUCAGCAAGCAUCAGAGAAAGCCCACCAGGCCUUAGCCUUCUCCACUUAGCCAUGAUAACAGGCUGCAUCACUGUCUUUUCCAUUUCCCCUCCUCCUUAUCCUCUGAUUUCUGUCUGCAAGACUAGCACCAAUUGGUCAUUAUAGUUUUUAUUUAAGCAUGGGAUCAAAGCGAUGUGUUAUAAAUACCAGAUGCGACUAUAACAGCUGUCAUCAUCUGACGUUAUGUGGCUUCAUAAACCACAAACAGUUUCACUGCUGCCACUAAACACUCCACAGUCGUGAUUCAUGGUGGUAAGCAAGCAAAAUACUUAUGGGGAAAAAACAGAAAAGGAGCAAUAAACAAAUCCUUCAGCGUCAGUUUAUAUGCAUUUGAAGUCUGGGUAUUCCAGUACCUUGGAUACAGUGUAAGUGGCUGAUCACAUAACAGGCUGUAAUGUUGGGGAUUUGCUCCUCAGCAGCUCACUUGAGGAUAGACAGCGAUCAUGGAAACUAGAAAUUUAAUCCAUGAUUGAAAAAAUAGGUUUAAGACGUUUCUAGGUUAGGGCUUUCUGUGUAAUGGCUCCUUAAGGGAUUUUUCUUUUCUUUUUGUACAAACAACAGACCCAGUGAAAAUUGAAACAAAAGAGUUGACAUAAUCAGUGAAUUGGUGAUCUCAUCUCACUGAUGAUUUGACCUUGCACUUCCUUUUUGUUUUGUUUGUUUCCUCAGGAAUGAUACGUGGAUCAGAGUGGCCUCACAUGAAAGGGAAAGCAGAUCCCCAUUUAGUCAAUCAGGUUGUUUGUUG